AUGAACCUUGAUCGACUGGAAAUCCGGGGCCACCCAGACGAGCAGUUCUAUCGCGGAGUCCCGACCCAUAGGGCUCACACGAUGUAUCUUGUUGUAAUGACUCAGCAUAACCGGAGCUGGGCCAUUGAGCGUGGGUUCACCUCUGAUUUCUCGACAGUGACAAGAUGGUGGGAUACAGGCGUCGAGGCGAAUGCUAUCCGGCAAUCGUUGCUGAACUACGGUCCGGCAGCGGACAUGAGUUCCGGCAUGAAUAUGAACUUGGAUUAUCUAUUGUUUUUAUGGCAGCCAACGAGAGUCAACGCGAUUGGAGGCGUCUAG